AUGAAGGUAACCAACAAUUCUCCUGACUUGGUGUUGCGCAUUGCUCUGUUGAGGGGAGACGAUGAUCUGCGCGAGCUACGUCCCAGCAUUUGGCGCCGCUUUCGAUGCAAUUCCGCCAUAAACCUCGACGUCUUUCAAGACAAAAUCCUGCAACCCAUCAUGGGAUGGACACGCAAUUAUCAUACCUAUUACUUUUAUUCGUCAUCGCGAGACAAGAAAAGGUAUUACCGGCAAGACAUGCCGCUGUCGGCGGAUGGUUCUGGUCUGCACGAUAGUUAUCGAGCAAGAAAAGGCGAACGUCUCGAUGCGAACAAUUUUACCAUUGGAGAUAUCUUGAAACACAAGGGAGAUGUCUGCUACUAUGCGUACGAUUUGGGAGAUCACUGGUAUCAUAAGAUAACCGUAGAGCAAGUGGAUGAGGAAGGGAAUGGCAGCUGUCUAGUCCUGGACGGAGCCAUGAGAUGCCCCGACGAAGACGGCGAGGGAGGACAAACGUACCAAGAGCAGGUGUUGGAUUUGUUCCUCAUGAAGCAGUACAAUCCUGGACAUCCAAACUGUGAGCGGAAAUACGCAUUGAGCUGUUAUGAAAGGGUCAACAACAUGAACGUCGGUGGUGUAUUCGAGGCAGAUGACUUUUCGGUAGAAAUCACUCACAAGGCCCUUCAGGAUGCUUUGAAGUCGCGGAACUCUGUCCGCCAAGGCAGCAAGAGCAUCAACUACGCUGGUCGUUUCCAUUUUCGUAGCAUGAUUGAGAUCUAUAGCUUGCAACCUGGCCAGCGAAAAAUCCGACACUACCACCAGGAUAUCAGAGGUAAACAAGCUGAACCGGGCAGUCAGCCCGUCUUUUUCAACGUCCUCGAGGUGGUCAACAUCAAACCGGAUGAAGAAAAGUUGGCCUUGUGCACCGCCUGCGGAACGCCGCACGGCCUCAAAAAGUGCAGUGGAUGCUCCUCACUUCGCUAUUGUUCCAAAGACUGCCAAAAGAGCGAUUGGAAGCGACACAAGAAGGAGUGUAAACGCAUCAAAAUGGAUUUGGAGGACUACCACAAGGAGUUGCAGGGAUCCAAGGUUCCGACCGGUUUUGUGGAAGGCGAUCGGAAGUGGCUCAAGCGGUAUGACCCCAACAAUAUGCGCUUUGAGAAAGGAACCAAAGUGGAAUGCCCCAUUGGCGACAAGGUGUAUGGCACGGGUACGAUUAUCAAGGUGCUCCACGAGUAUGAAGAUUGUGUUCAUGCCUAUCAAGUCCAAUUGGAUCGCAAGACAGCGGAUAGGAUGCGGUGCCCCUACAGUCAGGCGCAGGUGUGGGCCGAUUGGGAUUGCGACUUCUUUAUUCGAAAGAUCUGA